AUGCGCUCGCCGCGGCCAGAGGCAAGGGCGGCCGUACGGCGCGUCUUUUAUCCCCAAGCGAGCGCGGAUUCGCUAUCGCUGCUUGUCGAUGGCGACGAGGGAUACCAAGAGGUAGUCGAGCUGGACGUGGCACUGCAUACCUUGCUGCUGGUCCUCUGCCGCAAGCAUAUUCUGCCUUGGUACGGCAAGCUGACAAGCGACCGCGCGUUUUUUCACGAAAUGGUCAGUGCACUGCGGCCUGUUGUGCAUGUGGUGCAGCAGCGGACCGGCGCGGUGGACCUCGCCGCGACCGAUGCGCUGCCCAAAGAGGGGCUGCCGGUGAACGAGACGGCAGAGCGGUACAUGCUUCUGUCGCCCCACCACGGCAUUGUCGACGGCGCGCUGGACGACGCCUACCUCCGAGCAACAAUUACCGCUCUACUCGAAAGCAUCCAGCGCGACGUGCCGGAAGGCGACCCCUCAUUUGCGCCGCUCGAGGUGGUGCUCGUGCGCGAUGUGCUCGUGUUUGCCAUGGGCGCCAUCCUGACCCAAGUAAGCCGCCCGCAGUUCCUGUGCAUGGUCAUGCACAGCAUCCUGGACAAGGCCCAGAGCGCGUACGAAGCACGCAUGACCAUGUCGACGAUGUAUAUUCUCCUGCUUUCCGUACGCAACACGGUCUUUCUCUUUCUCAAGCGCGUGUGGAAAUGGACGCGGGACCGCGCGACGUCACCUACCAUGGUCCUCUUUUCCUUGAUCACGGAAACGCUCCAGCUCUCUCAGCGGCCCAUUGGGGCCCUGCUGCAUGUCCUUUUGCUCUGUCUCUGCACCCUAUGUUCGCCAUGGCUCGACCGCGAAAUCACACGGCGUGCCGACGGAGCGGUGUACAAUUAUACCACAGCCACAGCAUCGCUCGAUGCGGUGAACGAGCUAUUGUCCCGCGAAGUUGGCCCUAGCACGUCAGAGCCUACACAUGACGAACAAAAGCGCGAUUGGGAGCGCCUGUGUGCACGCUGCUGGCUUUAUACCCCUGAAUUCCUACGGACCCUGUACGGUGCCAACGAGGAGAUCCAGAAGCAGACGAUCGCGCACGCCCUUGCGCCAUUCUUUUCACCUGCCGCUGCCGUGCCAAAUCUCUGCCCCACGAUGGUCGCGCUGGAUCCUUCGCAGCACCCGCACCGCCGCUGGAAUCCGCUGCAGCAGGAGUUUGUCCUGUGCUCGCCCCACCGUACGCAGAGGCCAUGGCAAGGCGCACAGGAAGAGGCGGGAAAAACACAGCUUCCGGAGUACGAUGAAAAGUGCUACCUGUGCCCCGGCAACACCCGUGCGACCGGCGCGACGAAUGACACGUACACCAACACGUUCAUCUUUGAGAACGACUAUGCAGCGCUAAAGCCGGACGAAGUGGAAGCGAAAGAGGGAAGCGACAGCAUUGCCGCGCGCCUCUUUCGCGUCGAGCCAGCGCGCGGAAAGUGCUAUGUUCUAUGCUUUAACCCCCGGCACGACCUGACACUUGCACAACUGACUACGCCUCCGUACUCGUCGCAAAAACAUAUUGUGCCGAUCGUAGAGGCGUGGAAGCAGCUGUACCAGCAAAUUCCCAAAGAGAAUCCAUUCAUUCGCUACAUCCAGUUUUUUGAGAACAAAGGGAGUGCGAUGGGGUGCAGUAACCCCCACCCCCAUGGCCAAGUAUGGAGCUUGGACUACGUUCCGAACGAGCCCAAGCAGGAAAUGCAGAGCAUGCGCGAAUUUGCAUUGGACUCGCGCAACGCCGAGGCCCAAGGCGCGCGCGACGCACACGGCCGGCCGUCGCUCCUGCUGGAGUAUGCGCACCUCGAGCUCAACACGCCUGAGCGUCCCCGUGUGGUGACGGCGAACGAGCACUUUGUGGCGCUUGUUCCUUAUUGGGCUGUGUGGCCGUUUGAAAUGCUCGUCGUGCCGCACCGCCGCUUUGUCGCAUCGCUCGCCGAUCUUACCCCAGACGAGACGGCAAGUUUUGCGGCGAUUAUGGGCGAAGUCGCGUGCCGCUUUGACAACCUUUUCCUGACCUCGUUCCCCUACUCGAUGGGGUUGCACCAGCGCCCGGUCCCGGCCGACUGUGCGCACGGACACGAAGGUGACAGCGACUUUGCACUGCUCCACGUCCACUUUUAUCCCCCCCUCUUGCGCAGCGCGACGGUGCGCAAGUUUUUGGUUGGAUUCGAGAUGAUGGCCGAGCCUCAGCGCGACAUUACUGCAGAGAGCGCCGCGGCGCGUCUGCGCGAUUGUGCCACGACGCACUUUGCGGCCAAGUUCCCGGAUGAUAGCAAGAGCAUCGAGGAGAAGGCGGCCGACUGCAACGAGCCCGACGACGACGACAAGCCCAAGGGCUCGGGCGGCGAUGGCGGCAAAGGGGGUAAAGGAGGAAAGGGCGGCCACGGAGGUGACGGUGGCAAUGGCGGCAAUGGAGGUAAUGGCGGAAAAGGUGGCCACGGAGGCCGUGGCGGUCAUGGCGGCAACGGAGGCAGCGGAGGCAGCGGAGGCGACGGAGGCAAUGGAGGCAGCGGAGGCAGCGGAGGCAAUGGAGGCUCUGGUGGAUCUGGAGGCUCCGGCGGAUCCGGUGGCUCGGGUGGCUCUGGCGGCAACGGCGGCUCUGGUGGCUCUGGUGGAUCCGGUGGAAAUGGAGGCAACGGAGGCUCUGGUGGCUCUGGUGGAUCCGGAGGCUCUGGCGGCUCUGGCGGCAACGGAGGCAACGGAGGCAAGGGCGGCCAUCGCGGCCAUGGAAACCAUGGCGGCAACGGCGGCUCUGGCGGCAACGGGGGUAACGGAGGAAACGGAGGCAAGGGCGGCUCUGGCGGCUCUGGAGGCAACGGAGGCAAGGGCGGCCACCGCGGCCACGGCGGCAACGGUGGCAACGGUGGCAACGGAGGCAACGGCGGCGACGGGGGCAACGGCGGCUCUCCUGGCUCUGGAGGCAACGGCGGCUCUGGAGGAAACGGUGGUAACGGCGGUAAUGGCGGAUUCCCUGGCUCUGGUGGCUCUCCUGGCUCGGGCGGCAAUGGUGGAAACGGAGGUAACGGAGAAAAUGGCGGCAAAGGCCCUGGCCACGGCGGCAAUGGAGGCAAUGGAGGGUCUGGCGGUAACGGAGGCAAUGGUGGCUCUCCUGGUUCUGGCGGUUCGCCGGGAUCGGGUGGAUCCCCCGGCUCUCCUGGCUCUCCUGGCUCUCCUGGUUCUCCUGGCUCGCCCGGAUCCCCCGGUUCUCCUGGCUCUGGUGGCUCUCCUGGUAACGGCGGCAACGGCGGUAAUGGCGGCAACGGCGGCAACGGCGGCAACGGCGGCUCGGGCUCUUCUCCCAGCACGAGCAGCACGUCGAACUCGCCCUCCAGCACUUCGCCGAGUUACCCCACUAGCUCGCCUUCGUCUUCCAAGUCCUCGUCCUCGUCUUCGUCGCCUUCGACCACGUCCAAGUCUUCGUCAACCUCAUCCAAGUCCUCGUCGACCUCGACCUCGAGCACCCCAGGAAACAGCGGCCCUGUUGGCCCCGGCGGUAGCGGCGGCGGUUCGCCAUGGACGCCGUACAGCCCCGGCUCGUCGGGAGGUGGUGGUGGUCCUGGUGGAUCCGGCGGCGGAUCCGGCGGUAACGGCGGCUCUCCUUGGUCGCCGUCUGGCCCUGGUUCGUCCGGUGGCCGUGGCGGCCCAGGUGGCUCGGGCGGUGGCUCGGGCGGCUCGCCUUGGACGACACCGUACAGUCCCGGCUCGUCGGGUGGUGGUGGAAGCGGUGGUUCUCCGUACUCGCCGAAUAGCCCCGGCUCGUCUGGCAGCCCUGGACCUGGCAGCCCUUACUCUCCGGGUGGCAGCCCCGACGUUCCCUGCCCCGAUGAAGGCGGCGACCAGGGCGGUGACAUGGGCCCCGAGGAGCAGCCGUGCCCCGAAGAAGGCGGUGACCAAGGCGGUGGCCAGGGCGGCGAGAUUCCUCAAGAACAGCCGUGCCCCGAUGAAGGCGGCGAUCAGGGCGGCGAGAUGCCCGGCGAGAUGCCCGACGAGGAGCCGUGCCCUGGUGAGGGCGGCGAUGACGGCAGUGGCGUCUACGACGGCGGCGACACUGGCGAUCAAGGAUACAGCCCUGAUUCGUGGAUGUCGCCUGAUCAAGAGCCGUGCCCCGACGAGGGCGUUGACGGCGGUGACGAUGGAUCCGGCGUCUUUGGCGGCGGCGACGGCGGCUACGACGGCGGCGACGACGGCGGCUUUGGGGGCGGUGACGAUGGAUCCGGACCCGACUCGUGGAUGUCGCCCGACGCAGCGCCGUGCCCCGAAGACGGCGGCGACUUUGGUGGUGACGGCGGCGACUUUGGCGGCGAUGACGGCUUUUAA